AGUUCUUUCUGUAAAUCCAUGAAGGACAUUUCUUCUUCAGCUCCUUGUAAUCAACUUCUUCACCCAAAUCCUCCAAUUCGGUGGCCGAUUGAUACUUUGCAAUGAUUGAUAGGAUAGCAGUAACAAAGUAGAAGCUGAAGCUGCCCGACCCAACCCUCAAACCAAUUGCGGGAUAUGUUGGACAUGCAAAUUGUCGGAACAGGGACGAUGGAUCCCACCAAUUUUCGCAAUCGGUCACCCAUUUUUAUUCCUUUGCUUUUCAUAGCAACGAUUUUACACAGACUCAGCUUCAACUCGGUGUUUGCUAUUUGCGAGUUCAGCUACAGGGACCAUAACAGGCUCUACAACUAUAGCUUAGCUUCCCCACUUCGUAAAUUUCCCCACGGCGUCCUCAGCGAAGAUGGGUUUUACAAGGUGGCAGUUAAUGAGACAGUGCUUUGGUUUCAGCUGUGUGAUGUAAUGCUUUUCAACCAUGAUCCUCCUACUUGUAUUGACUGCAUGGACUGUGGUGGUCCGUCACGCUGUGGCAUGGGUUGUAGUGCGCUGGCCGCAAAUAUCAUUCAAGGUUAUCCCAUUUGUAAUUCUGUUGGACGUCUAUCAAGCACAAUUGUGUAUCUUAUAGAUAACAAAAAGCCACACAUGGGUGUCGUUGUUAAGAUGUCAAACAGCCAGCCAAAACUGAACUGUUCAGUCUCUGUGUCUGUUAUCUGUGAUUAUAAUGGAGUUGAAGGCCCUCGGAUGCUUGAAAAAGUUGGAACAUGUGACUAUGUUACUCAACUAAGGCAUCCUGCUGGGUGUGCUAAGGUGAUAUCCUCACAUGGAAGUGGAUGGGGUUGGUUUGGUACUUUUUUAGUUAUAAUCUUAUGCCUAUUCGGGGCUUACCUGCUGGCUGGUGUUGUUUAUCGAUAUUUCUUCUUGAACAUUCAUGGAAUAGAUGCAAUUCCGAACCUGGAAUUUUGGGCAACUGUACCACACAAAGUUCAGAGUUUUUUUGUAGCUUUGGUCCGGAGAUUUAGAGGACCUUCUCAAGGUUAUAGGAGCUCCUAUUCUCCGGUCAAUUUUUGAACAAUGAGAGUAAUCUCCGAGGUUUGAACGUACAUCAACUUCUGACAUUUUUUUUUGUACGAGAUUCUACAAUGGGCCGAUGAUCGUAGUUUUUGGACGUUUAUGAAAGCUGAUUUCUUCUUCAAAGCAAUUUUUGGAAAUCUGACGUUCUGAAUCUCUUCAAAAUUCUCCUGGCCUGAACCCAUUCCACGGAGACAUUUUGGAAGCGGCUGGGAGGCUUGUUCUGUUGUUCUUUAUAGGUUCUUAGGAAUGAGUUUGUUAUCCUUUCUUUUUAGGUUCUUUAUAAUUGUUAAUUCUGUUUAAUUUACACACA